AGGGUUCAACUCAUUCAAAACUGUUCUUGAUGGGUCCAAAUAAAAUUUAAACCUUCGUUUCUGAGAGCUCUUUUCUACAAUCCGACGCAGAUAUUAACCAAUAUUCUGCUGUUUUUAGUUAUCGGAAUUUAAAGUCUGAUCUUUGACUAAUAACCACGGAAGUUUCCGCUGAAGCAGUACUAGUAGAUAGUGUGUUGCUUAUGGAUGUCCAGUUCACUAUUUUGUCUCCAGAUUUGGGCUCAGGGUGACCUAGUGCAAAUAUGCAUGGUGUACUGAGUAAAUUGACAUUUGAGGAGAGGAACGAAGAAAGUUUUGAGGAUUAUACAGCUGUGACUGACUGGGAAGUUUUUACACAAGAACUUGAAAAUUGUUUAACAAGUUGGAUGAUUAAACAGGAUACUGAAGUCUCUUCAGUUUAUGGACGUGUUCAAUUUUGUGGAAAUUUAAAAUUUGGUGAGAGAAUCUUCAAUUUAAGUUACUAUAAAUCUUGCAUUGAAUCUGAACAAACUAAGAAUUCGACCCAUACAAUCACAUCCGAAAGUAUUUCGAGAAACUGUGUUCGUGUUAUUACUCCCAUACCUGAUUUCAGUGGACGAUUUAUUAUUCCAUUAUUCUGGUUUGGUUUAUCUCAUGCAUUCAUUUUAAAACCUGAUGAUGGUGUGAUUAAAGGUGGAACACGACUUAGUUUAUUGCUUAGUUCAGUUGAAAUGGCUGUUUAUGCAACACGAUGUCCUGUACCAGUUUUGGUGGAACAUUAUGGACCUACAUAUUUUGGUUUGGCUGCAUCAUCUUGUCUUACAUCAAGUGAUUAUACGAAUUGUCUUCAUAAUAAUAAUAAUACUGUAUCAUCAUCAUUGUCAACUUCUAAUCGGAUUGGUUCAUUAAAUAUUGAUUUUACUUGUUGCCGUAUUGAAAGUGAAAUAUUAGCGAAUUGUACACAUCUUAGUGGGCUAAAAGAAAUAUUCCUUACUAAAUUGGGUUAUCCUUGGAGUGUGAAUUAUCCUGUUCCAAAAUUAGAUAUUUCAGCCAGAUUCAUAUAUCAUCUACCAUCAUGGUCGUCAUUACGAGUGGAGUAUCAGAAUACUAACUCAUUAAUGUUCUCAUUUGACUUAUUACAAAGAUCUUCAUUGAAUCUAUCGUUUAAUUUAGCUACUACUUGGCCGUUAGUACCUAGCCAUGCAAUCACUGAGAAACCGUCAUGGAAAUCAUUAAAGCCGGAAGGUGCACCAAUUUGUCAAUUACAAUUAUGUGCAAGUAAUCCAUUCGCCGAUAAAAUGAGUGUACGAAUUCAGCGGUUGUUUAAAUGUUGUUCUAAAUAUGAACAACCUAUUCAAACGACUGAUAUCUCAUCAGACAAUCCUAGUUCCGUUUUGUCCAGUGAUUCAGUUAUUCAGUUUCUACUAUUUCUUUUUCCUGAUGCUGACGCUGAAGGUGUUUGUAAUAAAGUUCUUCAUAAUGAACUAACAUCAUCUUUUGGUGAUUUAUCAAUACAUGAAUUGUUAAUAUGGAAACGUCGACAGAUUAUGAAUUCUUCAGAGAGACAAAAAUUUGCUUCUAUUUUUGGCUUACCAAAUCCUACUUCGUUAAUACAUCGUUUAGCUGUGAUCAUUGCUAAUCUUCUUGUUUAUAAACAAUAUGAAUUCAAUGAUUGUUUAUUAUUGAUCAAUUCGAUUUUUAAUGAAUUUUACAUUGAAUUACAAUUACGUUAUGAUCGUCUAAUAUGUUUACCAUCACAAAUAUUAUAUGAAGAAGUAUUCAACAAUAAUGAGAUAAUAAUAAUAGAAGAAGUAUCAAUUGAUGAAAAUAAACCAUCGUUAAAUGCAUGGAAUCACAAUUCAAUCCAAUCAAUUAAUGGAUUAAAAUUUAAUGAUUGGCCUAUUGAUUGUUACUACAAUUUAGAUUGUAUUUUACAUCGAUUUAAUGGGUGCAUUUUGAAGGCUAGAGAAGGUCAUCAACAUCAAACAUCAAAAGUCCAAAGUGAUGAUGAUGACGAUGGUGAUGCAUAUUUUGACGUUUAUGAUGAAACUUCGCCAUCAUCUCAUGAUGACGUUAAGUCGGUUCAUCCGAAAACUAAUUGGUUAGAUGCUUGCUCUAGAAAUGAUGCAUUAUCGGAAGCAGAAAGUAUACUUGAUUGGCUUAAAUCACGGUCUUUAAUUGAUCAUUUACAUUCACUUCUACCGCAUAUCAUACUAGAAUGUAUGCUUACAUUCCAUUCUUUAAUCCCUCAUUGUCGACUAUCUAAAUGGUAUUCGUCUAUGCUCAAAAAGCUUGAUCAGGAAAUCUAUGAUCUAUUAAAAAUUCAUUCCACUAAACCGGCAUAUGUGGACGUAGUAUCAAAAGUCACAAAAUCUUUUCCAUUGUCAACAUUUUGUGAUAUCUUAGAAAUUAUUGCUGAAUUUUCAAUUCAAUUCACAUGUUUCAAUGAAUUAAUUUAUAAUGUUAUUCUUUGUGAUUAUAGUUAUAUGUUAGAUUCGGAUGUAUUUUUAAAUUAUCUAUGUAAAUUAUCCAAUCAUGUUAAUCUAUUGGAAAAUAUAACUGGUCAAUUGAAUGCAUGGUCACCUAGUUUAGGCGGUUGGAUUAAUUUGUCGAAUACGACGACUACUACCAGUACAACUGUUACUAAUGAGAAUGUGAAAGAAACUGAACGUGAUAUGAUUUUAAAAUUAUUGAAAAUGUUAUUUGAUAAAAGUAUCCCUAAUGAAUUAAAUUCAACAGGUGAAGGAAUAUUUCAAUUUACCAGUAUUCCACAAACAUGGUUACCACCAAAUCGUCCAGUUGAUCUAAGACGUCCAAAUUAUGAAUUAUAUAUAUUCUAUACUGAAUUACCUUAUCCAAAUCAAUUAACUAGUCGAUUAGGUUCACAUCGUUUAUAUAUUGAAUUACAUUAUAAUAAACAAAUAUCAAAUUAUAACAUUUUAUUAAUGGCUGGUAGUUUUAGUCAUGAUACACAAUUUUUUUAAAUAAAUCACUAAGUAAGUAUUAUC